AAGCUUGCAAAUUCGGGCGGGUUGAACGAACCAACCGUGGCUUCCGCGUUGUGGAAAGACGAAAUGAAUUGGAGACUGAAAAUUGUCAACUGAAAACAAGAAAUAACUCGGGAUGGGGUUCAGUUGGGUUUGGACCGGUACUCCGACACCACUGGUCCAACAACAAAAUCGAGCUUACCCGAGCUGAAAACCCUAGAGAGAGAGGAGGGAGAGGGAGAGGGAGAGGGAGAGGGAGAGAGCUCUGCUGUGAACUGGAAUUUCAGCCUCAAUCCAUUGUCUCAAGGCUCCGCCUGCUAUGCCGGAGAGGGGGAUAAUUAUGAAAAGCUCUUUAGAGAUUGUGCAGAAAUAGCGGGACCUGUUUUUAGAAAUCACACACUCAACAACCAUGGAUGUUGAAGUGGUGUAUGCAGAAGAGGAAAACAUGCAAAUUCGUGUCACAGAAAAUGCUGAACCUAAUAAGCUUGACAAACAGAAUAUAACUGAAAAUUCUGUGGAGAGAGAGGUGCCCAAGCAGGAUGAUGAUGGCAGUGCAAUACCACAAGUUGGUAUGGUGUUUGAGUCUGAGGAUGCUGCCAAAACCUUCUAUGAUGCAUAUGCCAGGCGUGUGGGUUUUAGCAUCCAUGUUGGUCAGUUCAGCCGUACCAAGCCUGAUGGGCCAAUUAUUUCUUGGGAUUUUGCAUGUUCCAGAGAGGUUUUCAAGAGGAAAAAUGUUGAAACCUGCAAUGCCAUGCUUAGGAUAGAGAGAAAGGAUACCGAUAGUUGGAUUGUGACAAAAUUUGUAGAGGAUCAUAACCAUUCUACUGCAACCCCAACUAAGGUUCAUUACCUCCGGCCUCGUAGGCAUUUUGCUGGUGCUACAAAAAAUGUGCCUGAAACAUUUGAUGCCUCAAGUGAUGUUUAUGUUUCCAUGGAUGGAAAUCAUGUGUCUUAUGAAUCAAAUCGUGGUGUUAGAAAUACCUCUCCUGUGGAUUCCAGUCAGCCUCCUAGGAUUGUUGGGCCAGCAAAUUAUAUCAGGCCUUGUGGUCGAAGGAGAACCCUUGGAAAAGAUGCUCAAAAUCUUCUGAACUAUUUUAAGAAGAUGCAGGCUGAAAACCCUGGUUUUUAUUAUGCAAUACAACUUGAUGAUGAUAAUCGCAUGACUAAUGUUUUUUGGGCUGAUGCAAGGUCCAGGAUGGCUUAUAAUGACUUUGGUGAUGCAGUAAUUUUUGAUACAAUGUAUAGACCAAAUCAGUUUCAGGUUCCAUUUGCUCCAUUCACAGGCAUGAAUCAUCAUGGUCAGAUGGUAUUGUUUGGCUGUGCAUUACUUCUAGAUGAGUCUGAAUCUUCCUUCACAUGGCUCUUCAAGACGUGGCUAUCUGCAAUGAAUGAUCAUCCUCCUGUCUCUAUAACCACUGACCAAGACAGAGCUAUACAGGCUGCAGUAGCCCAGGUGUUCCCAGGAACUCGCCACUGCAUUUGCAAGUGGCACAUCUUGAGAGAAGGCCAGGAAAGGUUAGCACAUAUAUACCUUGCUCAUCCUUCCUUCUACGGAGAGCUGUAUAGCUGCAUCAAUUUUUCUGAGACAAUAGAAGAUUUUGAAUCAUCAUGGGGCUCCCUACUUGAUAGAUAUGAUCUCUGUAAAAAUGAGUGGCUUCAAGCUGUGUAUAAUGCUCGCAAGCAGUGGGCCCCUGUUUACUUUCGGGGCACUUUCUUUGCUGCGCUUUCUUCAAACCAGGGAGUCAGCUCCUUUUUUGAUGGAUAUGUGAAUCAGCAGACCACCAUACCUCUAUUCUUUAAGCAGUAUGAAAGGGCUCUAGAAAAUUCAUUGGAAAAGGAAAUAGAAGCAGAUUAUGAUACAAUGUGCACUACACCAGUAUUAAAGACACCAUCACCAAUGGAACAGCAGGCAGCAAACCUAUACACCAAGAAAGUGUUCACAAAAUUUCAAGAGGAGUUAGUUGAAACAUUUGUGUACACUGCAAAUAAAAUUGAGGAUGAAGGGGCAGUCAGCAAAUACAGGGUUGCAAAAUAUGAACAUGAUCACAAGGCAUACAUAGUCACAUUGAAUAUUUCUGAGAUGAAAUCAAGUUGCAGUUGUCAGAUGUUUGAGUACUCAGGCCUUCUAUGUAGACAUAUAUUGACUGUCUUUACAGUAACAAAUGUUCUUACACUUCCAUCUCAUUACAUAUUGAAGCGAUGGACAAGGAAUGCCAGAACUGGGGUUGGGUUAGAUGAACAGGAUCCAGAUCUGCAAGGUAUUGAGUGUCUGACAUUGCGCUUCAACAGUCUUUGUCGUGAAGCCAUUAAAUAUGCUGAAGAAGGAGCAAUUGCUGUAGAGACGUAUAAUGCAGCAAUGAGUGCUCUAAGAGAGGGUGGGAAGAAGAUUGCAGCUGUAAAGAAAAACGUUGCAAAAGUUACACCUCCUAGGCCUCAGAGCAGUGGAAAUAGUCAGGAUGACAGUAGCAAGAAGAUACCGGCUUCUGAGAUGGCUCCAUCACUGUGGCCUUGGCAAGAUGCAAUGCCACAUCGUUUUAAUCUUAAUGAUGUUGGAGUUCCUGUUGCUGAUUUGAAUCAGCCUACCAUGGCACCUGUGUCCCUUCACCGUGAUGUUGGCCCUCCAGAUAGCACGGUGGUUCUUACGUGUUUUAAGUCCAUGACUUGGGUCAUUGAAAUUAAGAAUUCAACACCUGCCAGUAAAGUAGCUGUCAUCAACUUGAAGCUGCAAGAUUAUGCCAAGACUCCUUCAGGAGAGACAGAAGUGCAGUUUCGGCUAACGAGGGUCACACUAGAGCCUAUGUUAAGAUCCAUGGCCUACAUCAGUCAACAGCUCUCAACACCAGCUAAUCGGGUUGCCGUUAUCAACUUGAAGCUUCAAGAUACCAAGGCGACUUCUGGAGAAACCGAGGUAAAAUUUCAAGUGUCCAGAGACACACUGGGUUCCAUGCUAAGAUCAAUGGCCUACAUCCGAGAGCAGCUUUGACAGCUCUCCGUGGGCAAAGUAAUCAAUUGGGGCAGAAUCAAUCUUUAGCAGGUUUGAGAUCCUAACCCAGACGGGGGUGAUAAAAAAACUGUGGCAAUAAAAGCAUUGAAGAUCUUUCCCCUUCAGGAUUAUAACCAGUUGUGUACAACGUUAAAUGUCCCAUUGAUGACACUGAAAAGUAGCUGUAAUUAGGUAGUUAUCACUAACCUGUUUUCCCUCAUUUUUUGGUUUCUAAGAGUAUAGCCCAUCAUUACCGUGUAAGCAUGCAUUAGAAUUUGUGUACAUGUUAAGUGUAUUUCAAGGUAGGGAAAUAGUGUGUUUUUCUUUUUUAUUUUUCCUGUUGGAUGAUCGUGAUGCUUCGCGUUCGUGAUGGUUGAUACAGAUUCAGCUUAUAGGCUUUCUUUUCUUCUUGUUUUAUGGUUGGACAUUGUAAAAUUUCUUUUGUUAUUUUGUGAUUAGUAAAGUUUACUGAUUAUUCAUUA